UGGGGGGCGGCGCCUGGCGCUAGCCGGCGCCUCUUCGCCGCCGCGCCUCCGCCUUCCGCCGUUACCACGGCAACGGAGUGGUCGGCGGAGCGGGGAGCCCGGGCUCGGCGGCAGGAUGAUGCUCUCCCGGGCCAAGCCGGCUGUGGGGGGCGCCCCGCCGCCGGGAGACCGGCGGAGGAAGAAAGGGAAGAAGGUGCCGCAGCUGGAGGAGCUCCUGGCCCUGCGGGACUUCACUGGCGCCAUCGCCUUGCUGGAGUUCAAGCGGCAAGUGGGGGAGCAGGAGGAGGAUGCCGACCUGUGGAUUGGGUACUCUGCCUUUCACCUGGGCGACUACAAGAGAGCACUGGAGGAAUAUGAGGCUUUGACCAAGAAACCAGCUUGCAAUCCCAGUGUUUGGGUGAACCUUGCCUGUACCUACUUUUUCCUGGGGAUGUAUACACAAGCUGAACAAGCAGCCUUGAAAGCACCUAAGAGUCGGCUCCAGAACCGUUUACUCUUUCACCUGGCACAUAAGUUCAGUGAUGAGAAGAAACUGAUGAGCUUUCACCAGAAUCUGCAAGACAUUACAGAAGAUCAACUUAGCUUGGCAUCUAUUCACUAUAUGCGGUCCCACUACCAAGAAGCUAUUGACAUCUACAAACGCAUUCUUCUUGAUAAUCGGGAAUACCUGGCUCUGAAUGUGUAUGUGGCCCUAUGCUAUUACAAGCUGGAUUACUAUGAUGUAUCACAGGAAGUGCUUGCUGUUUACCUUCAGCAAGUUCCUGACAGCACCAUUGCUCUUAACCUUAAGGCUUGUAACCAUUUCCGACUUUACAAUGGGAAGGCUGCUGAGGCAGAGCUCAAGAGCUUGACGGAUAGUGCCUCAUCUUCUUUUGAGUUUGCCAAGGAGCUCAUUAAGCACAAUCUGGUGGUGUUCCGAGGAGGAGAAGGGGCUUUGCAGGUCCUGCCUCCUCUGGUUGAUGUUAUUCCUGAGGCCAGACUAAAUCUUGUGAUUUACUAUCUCCGGCAAGAUGAUGUGCAGGAGGCUUAUAACCUGAUUAAGGACCUGGAACCUACAACUUCACAGGAGUACAUCCUAAAGGGAGUGGUAAAUGCAGCACUUGGACAAGAAAUAGGCUCGAGAGAUCAUCUGAAAAUUGCUCAGCAGUUCUUCCAGUUGGUGGGUAGAUCAGCCAGUGAAUGUGAUACCAUUCCAGGGAGACAGUGCAUGGCCUCCUGCUUCUUUCUGCUUAGACAGUUUGGUGAUGUCCUGACUUACCUCAAUUCAGUCAAGGGAGAAGGUGCCUGUAAGCAACGCUUGCGCUUAAGGAAGCCGUAUUACAAGAGUUACUUCUACAAUGAUGACACUUUUAACUUUAACUACGCCCAAGCCAAAGCUGCCAUGGGCAAUUCUAGUGAGGCUGAAGAGGUGUUCCUUUUGAUCCAGAGCGAGAAGAUAAAGAAUGAUUUUGUUUACCUUAGCUGGCUAGCUCGCUGCUAUAUUAAGAAUAAGAAACCACAGCUGGCUUGGAAGCUUUAUUUGAAGAUGGAGACCUCAGGGGAAUCCUUUAGUCUUUUGCAGCUCAUUGCAAAUGAUUGCUACAAAAUGGGUCAGUUUUACUACUCAGCGAAAGCAUUUGAUGUUCUGGAGAGACUGGACAGUAAUCCUGAAUACUGGGAAGGCAAGAGAGGUGCUUGUGUGGGUGUCUUUCAAAUGAUCUUAGCUGGCAGAGAAGCAAAAUAUUCAGCUGUGAUGCCAGAUGGCCAUUCUGCCCUGGCCAAAGUUGCUGUUUGUACAUGACUGGAAGAGAGACUUUACGAGAAGUGCUGCAUCUUCUGAGGAGCACUGGUAAUCCUCAAGUAGAAUACAUUAUCCGCAUAAUGAAAAAGUGGGCCAAGGAGAACAGAGUCCCUGUCUAAGUCAGUGUCAUCAAAAGAACUGGGUCAGUUACUAUUUUGUGUGUGGCUGUUAUGAUGUGGAUCAUGGUUCCUCCUGUGCAUUCUGGGUAUUUCCUUCUUUGGAGGUACAUCUUUAGGACAUCAGGCAUGUUGACCCAGUCUACAGCUGAGCAAAGAGCAUACUGCAGUGAGAUUGCAUAACAUUCAGCAAGUAAUCUUUUUCAUUAAAGCUUUAUUUUAGAAGGAAAGGUAUUGAAUUCCUUUCUCCCUUCAGCAGAAUCCUACUGUUUCACCAAUCUCUAUUCCUCAUUCAAGGUUUCUCAAUUUUUUCAUAAUUCCAGUCAUCCACAAAUCAAAGCGUUCCUCAGAUGUUCCCCAGACUUUCUGCACCAGUUACUGGAUUCUGUUGUGUUUUUCAGUAAAUCUUCUGGCCUCCAGAAAAGGAUCAUUUGUUAAAAGACUGAGACAAAUCUACUUCAGCCGGUGAUGGAGUGUGGCAAGUAGAGAGGAGGAGAAUUGUGACAAUGGAAGGCCAGUACUAGGAUAUCAAAUAAUACAAGUAGGUUUUUAUAUAUUCCCUGCCUGAGGUAAAGUGGAAAUCUUAGUCUGCACACCAUCCUUUUCUGGAGAAAUCUCAAUAACUAGUAACUUCAUCUCUCUCUCAAUUUUGUCUAGAAGCAUCUGUUCUCUCUUACAAUUAAUUCUGAAGGUGAGAGUUAAUCAGCCCCAAAUGUCAAGCUCCAAAGUGGCUUAUUUGCUUUCUAGGUUGGUAACAAAACAUGAUGGUACCUUUUCUUUCAGAGCAUGGAGGACUGUCUGGAUUGUUCAGUCUUGCUUGAAGUUUGACCCUAAAGCAUUUAUCCAUGUUAAUAUAAUUCAUGUGAAUAAUCCCUUUAGUGUACCAAUCUGAUGGAUAAAAGAAUUGUAUGUUUAGAAUCAUUUUCUUCAACAGUUUCCACCGUAGUUAGCAAUACAUUCAUUAUAUUGUUGGUGACAAGUACUCUCCUGUUUCCUAAGGAGAACAGUUUAGGGAACACACAAUCCUAAAAGAAGGCAAGAGUUGUAACAUAGAAAUGUAUUAUAUGGUUUGCAAUGAGCAAUAUUUGUAUAUUAUUUGUAAGAUGAAAAUUUGCCUUUCUUAUGAAGUAUUUUUAUAUCUUUGAGGGAGGGAACUUUUCAGAAUACUGUAUUCUGGCUGUGCUUUGAUUAAAGCUCUUAUGUGGAUGUACAAUAGAACGUC